UUUUUGCGUUAGAGAUUCAUUUUAGCCCAUUCAUUUUCUGCGAUUGUUUUAGAAUAUGAGAUGCAAGUGCUUGUGAGGAUAAGCGGUUCACUCAAUGGAUGAAAGACUGCCGCCGUCCUCAAAAAUGACGUGUGCACAAGUUGAAGGAACAGAAAAUGUUUGAAUUAUUUGUGGAUAUAAUUAAAAGUAUGCAAGUUGAAAAAUAGCCAAUACCAGUUCAUGUCUGCAGCCAGUGUCCUGCCAGAACUGACUUGAUGCUUCCGGAUCGGGAAGCCACUCAAAACCGUUUCCGCCGCCAUUGCGGAUUUCGGGACAGGAGAUCAGUCGUUAAUACAGCCACGAUCCAUCUUGCAGUGCGAAGGGCAAAAACUAAAUUCUGACACAUUGAGCAUCUUUGCAGCCGCGACGUUUGGGUGACAUUUUUAGCAGCAGUGCGUUUGUGUCGCGUUUUUGUCUCCACGGACUCGCUCCGACCUACACGUAACGUAAGGAGGUCGUAAGCUAGCGCGGUGCUGCUGCUCUGCUAGCUAGCACGGCGGCUAACACUUCCAUCACUCUGGAGAACACCGAGGAAAAUAGCAUGUCGCAAAUUUUGCCUAUCCGCUUCCAGGAGCACCUACAGCUCCAGAACCUGGGCAUCAACCCGGCCAACAUUGGGUUUAGCACUCUGACAAUGGAGUCGGAUAAAUUCAUCUGUAUAAGAGAGAAGGUGGGAGAACAGGCACAGGUUGUCAUUAUUGACAUGGCCGAUCCCAACAACCCGAUCCGCAGACCCAUCUCUGCAGACAGCGCCAUCAUGAACCCUGCUAGCAAAGUUAUUGCACUUAAAGACGCGGCCAAGACCCUGCAGAUCUUCAAUAUUGAAAUGAAGAGCAAGAUGAAGGCUCACACAAUGACGGAUGAUGUGACCUUCUGGAAGUGGAUCUCCCUCAACACCGUCGCGUUGGUCACAGACAAUGCAGUCUACCAUUGGAGCAUGGAGGGCGACUCUCAGCCAAUCAAAGUCUUUGACCGCCACUCCAGCCUUGCAGGCUGCCAGAUCAUCAACUAUCGCACUGACGCUAAACAGAAAUGGUUACUGCUAAUCGGCAUUUCAGCACAGCAAAACCGUGUUGUUGGAGCAAUGCAGUUGUACUCGGUGGACAGGAAGGUUUCUCAGCCCAUUGAAGGUCAUGCUGCCGGUUUUGCACAAUUCAAGAUGGAGGACAACACAGAGGAGUCAACGCUCUUCUGCUUUGCUGUUCGAGGACAGGCUGGCGGAAAACUCCAUAUAAUUGAAGUCGGCACUCCACCAACUGGGAACCAGCCAUUUCCAAAGAAGGCUGUAGAUGUAUUUUUCCCUCCAGAAGCCCAGAAUGACUUCCCUGUUGCCAUGCAGAUAAGCUCCAAGCAAGAUGUAGUCUUUCUCAUCACCAAAUAUGGCUACAUCCACCUGUACGACUUAGAAACUGGGACUUGCAUCUACAUGAACAGGAUCAGUGGAGAGACCAUUUUUGUCACUGCCCCUCAUGAGCCGACUGCUGGUAUCAUUGGGGUCAACAGGAAAGGACAGGUGUUAUCUGUAUGCGUGGAAGAGGAGAACAUUAUUCCAUACAUCACCAAUGUGCUCCAGAACCCAGACCUGGCUCUCCGCAUGGCAGUCCGCAAUAACCUUGCCGGUGCUGAGGAGUUGUUCGCCCGCAAGUUUAACACCCUCUUUGCUGCAGGGAAUUACUCAGAUGCUGCCAAAGUGGCAGCCAAUGCACCAAAGGGCAUACUGCGAACACCGGACACUAUUCGCAGGUUCCAGAGUGUUCCUGCUCAACCCGGCCAGCGGUCACCAUUGCUUCAGUAUUUUGGGAUCUUACUUGAUCAAGGCCAGCUCAAUAAGUUUGAAUCUCUAGAGCUGUGUAGGCCUGUCCUCCAGCAGGGCCGCAAACAGCUGCUGGAGAAAUGGCUGAAAGAAGACAAGCUGGAGUGCUCAGAGGAGCUUGGAGAUCUGGUCAAGUCGGUGGAUCCCACACUCGCCCUCAGCGUGUACCUGCGAGCAAACGUCCCCAACAAAGUCAUUCAAUGCUUUGCUGAGACUGGCCAGUUCCAGAAGAUUGUACUGUAUGCCAAGAAGGUGGGUUACACUCCAGACUGGAUCUUCCUGUUGCGGAAUGUAAUGCGGAUCAGCCCUGAACAAGGGCUUCAGUUCUCCCAGAUGCUGGUGCAGGAUGAAGAGCCUCUUGCUGACAUUACACAGAUUGUGGAUGUUUUCAUGGAAUAUAACCUGAUCCAGCAAUGCACAUCCUUUCUGCUGGAUGCAUUGAAGAACAACAGGCCCAUGGAAGGACCAUUGCAGACACGUCUGCUAGAAAUGAAUUUGGUCCAUGCCCCGCAGGUAGCAGAUGCUAUUUUGGGCAACCAGAUGUUCACUCAUUAUGACCGUGCCCAUGUGGCACAGCUUUGCGAAAAGGCUGGUCUCCUGCAGAGGGCGCUGGAACAUUAUACUGACCUGUAUGACAUUAAGCGGGCUGUGGUGCACACACACCUCCUAAACCCAGAGUGGUUAGUCAAUUUCUUUGGCUCCCUAUCAGUGGAGGACUCUUUGGAAUGUCUUCGAGCCAUGCUCUCUGCGAACAUCCGCCAGAACCUGCAGAUCUGUGUCCAGGUUGCCUCCAAGUACCAUGAGCAACUCAGCACUCAGAGCCUCACUGAACUUUUUGAGUCCUUCAAAAGCUUUGAAGGGUUGUUCUACUUCUUGGGUUCCAUUGUCAACUUCAGCCAGGACCCAGAGGUUCACUUCAAGUACAUUCAGGCUGCCUGCAAGACAGGCCAAAUCAAAGAGGUGGAAAGAAUCUGCAGAGAGAGUAACUGCUACGACCCUGAGCGUGUGAAGAACUUCCUCAAGGAAGCCAAGUUAACCGAUCAACUGCCUUUGAUCAUUGUGUGUGACCGCUUUGAUUUUGUCCACGAUUUGGUCUUGUAUUUGUAUCGCAACAGUCUGCAGAAAUACAUUGAGAUCUAUGUGCAGAAGGUAAACCCAAGUCGUCUCCCAGUGGUCAUUGGAGGUUUGCUGGAUGUUGAUUGUGCCGAGGAUGUGAUCAAAAACCUGAUCAUGGUCGUCAGAGGACAAUUUUCUACUGAUGAACUUGUUGCUGAAGUGGAAAAGAGAAAUCGACUGAAGCUUCUCCUCCCUUGGUUGGAGGCUCGUAUUCAUGAAGGCUGCGAGGAGCCCGCGACCCACAAUGCCCUGGCUAAGAUUUACAUAGACAGCAACAACAACCCCGAGCGCUUCCUGAGGGAGAACCCCUUUUACGACAGCCGUGUAGUGGGCAAAUACUGUGAAAAGAGAGACCCCCACCUCGCCUGCGUGGCCUAUGAAAGAGGACAAUGUGACCAAGAACUAAUUCAUGUGUGUAAUGAGAACUCGCUGUUCAAGAGUCUGUCACGCUACCUCGUGCGUCGCAAGAAUCCUGAACUGUGGGCAAGCGUGCUGCUGGAGACCAACAACUACAGAAGACCACUCAUCGAUCAGGUUGUCCAGACUGCCCUGACAGAGACCCAGGAUCCCGAGGAAGUGUCUGUUUCAGUGAAGGCUUUCAUGACUGCCGACCUUCCCAAUGAGCUCAUUGAGCUUCUGGAGAAGAUUGUCCUGGAUAACUCUGUCUUCAGCGAGCACAGAAACCUUCAGAAUCUGCUCAUCCUGACAGCGAUCAAAGCCGAUCGGACCCGGGUCAUGGAGUACAUUAACCGUCUGGACAAUUAUGAUGCCCCAGAUAUUGCAAACAUUGCCAUAAGCAAUGAGCUGUUUGAGGAGGCAUUUGCUAUUUUUCGGAAAUUUGAUGUCAACACAUCUGCUGUGCAGGUUCUGAUUGAGCACAUUGGUAACUUGGAUCGAGCCUAUGAGUUUGCCGAGCGCUGCAAUGAGCCUCCAGUGUGGAGUCAGCUAGCGAAAGCCCAGCUGCAAAAGGGCCUCGUCAAAGAAGCUAUUGACUCAUACAUCAAGGCUGAUGACCCCUCCGCUUACAUGGAGGUGGGACAGGCUGCAGCUCAGAGUGGAAACUGGGAGGACCUUGUAAAGUUUCUGCAGAUGGCGCGAAAGAAGGCCCGCGAGUCCUAUGUUGAAACUGAGUUAAUCUUUGCUCUGGCAAAGACCAACCGCCUUGCCGAGCUAGAAGAGUUCAUCAAUGGGCCCAAUAAUGCCCACAUCCAACAAGUGGGCGACCGUUGCUAUGAUGAUAAGAUGUAUGAGGCAGCCAAGCUGCUUUACAACAAUGUGUCCAACUUCGGUCGCCUGGCUUCCACUCUGGUGCACCUGGGAGAGUAUCAGGCAGCUGUGGACGGAGCUCGCAAAGCCAACAGCACACGCACCUGGAAAGAGGUGUGCUUUGCAUGCGUCGAUGGGAAAGAGUUCAGGCUUGCUCAAAUGUGCGGCCUGCACAUUGUUGUACAUGCCGACGAGCUGGAAGAACUCAUCAAUUACUACCAGGACCGUGGCUACUUUGAGGAGCUGAUCACCAUGCUGGAGGCUGCUUUGGGUCUGGAGCGAGCUCACAUGGGAAUGUUCACAGAGCUGGCCAUUCUCUACUCCAAGUUCAAACCCCAGAAGAUGAGGGAGCACCUCGAGCUGUUCUGGUCCCGUGUGAACAUUCCAAAGGUUCUCAGGGCAGCUGAGCAGGCCCACCUCUGGGCAGAGCUGGUGUUCCUCUAUGAUAAAUACGAGGAAUAUGACAAUGCCAUCAUCACCAUGAUGAACCAUCCUUCUGACGCCUGGAAAGAAGGCCAGUUCAAAGACAUUGUCACCAAGGUGGCCAAUGUGGAGCUGUACUACAAAGCCAUCCACUUUUAUCUGGAGUUCAAACCUUUAUUAUUAAAUGACUUGCUCAUCGUUCUCUCCCCGAGACUGGACCACACACGUGCUGUAAAUUUUUUCAGCAAGGUGAAGCAGGUACCUCUGGUUAAACCAUAUUUGAGGUCUGUCCAGAAUCACAACAACAAGUCGGUCAAUGAAUCUCUCAACAACCUUUUCAUCAUCGAGGAAGACUAUGCGUCACUACGCACUUCCAUUGACGCUUACGACAACUUUGACAACAUCUCGCUCGCCCAAGGACUCGAGAAACAUGAGUUGAUCGAGUUCAGAAGGAUCGCGGCGUACCUUUUCAAGGGUAACAACCGCUGGAAACAGAGUGUUGAGCUUUGCAAGAAAGACAAGCUCUACAAGGACGCCAUGCAGUACGCGUCUGAGUCCAAAGACAUUGAGCUGGCUGAGGAACUUCUUGCAUGGUUCCUGGAGGAGGACAAGAAGGAGUGUUUCGCUGCUUGCUUGUUCACCUGCUACGACCUGUUGCGGCCUGAUGUGGUGCUCGAGACCGCUUGGAGGCACAAUAUCAUGGACUUCUCCAUGCCAUACUUCAUCCAGGUCAUGAGGGAGUACCUCAGUAAGGUUGAUGCGAUAAAGGAAAAGGUGGACAAGCUCGAAGCUUCUGAAUCCCUGAGGAAACAGGAGGAGCAAGCCACGGAAUCUCAACCAAUUGUUUAUGGCACACCACAGCUGAUGCUCACUUCAGGCGCCAACGUUGCCGUGCCUCCUCAGCAGGCUUACGGCUACGGGUACACAGCAGCACCAGGUUACGGGCAGCCGCCGCAGGCCAACUUUGGUUACAGCAUGUGAACGACCCCUCCCGCCAGCACCUUUUUCCCCCUUUUCCCAUCCACUCCCCUCCACCUGUCCCUCUCUUUGCGUUCUUCUCCAGCCUCCCACGGUCUCUUACCCUCAGCAGAGGCUCCAAGCAAGCAUAGCCCACUUUUAUUUUGUAUUCAUUUUGUUACUGUUGUUACGACACUUUUGUCCUCCUGUUUGAAGAAAAACGUGUCCAUGCUAUGAAGGACUUUUAUUUGUAUUGUUUGAACUGAAAUUGGACCACAUUUGCAUUCCCCACAUUCCGUAUUUAUGACCCCCUUGUCUAGAAAUGUUUUUUUGGUACGUUCCUGUGAUGUUAUUUAUUUUAAUGAUUUGUUGUAAGUGGACUUGCUGAAGCUGAGCAAACUUUGAAGACGGUGGAGAGGAGCAUUGGGUUUUGCACUCGUGAAGAAAAUUCCUGUGGAGAGACGCUCUUAUGUUUUGAUGUAUGGAACAUGUGACCAGCUUAACCGUGUCUCGUUUUGUCUGUACAAUGCAUUACUUCACUGUAUAUUUUGAGGAGGAGGAAAAAAAAAAGGUUACAUAGAGUAUUUGAACAUAUAUCGCCAUUUGGAUGGCUACCCCUAGCAACACAAAGUACAGUCAUGAUAGUAUAUUCUGCACAGGUGUGUAGCUUUAUGGAGUCUUAAAUGCAUUCAGACGUAUGCCACUUUAUGAUUGAGACUGUGUGUAUGUGUGACCUGAUGAUGGUCUGAAUAAGAAUUUUACCACCACCGCCCCCCGCCCCCUCUCUCCCAAACCCUGUACGGUUGGUCCCUGAUUGAUAUUAGCUCUCCUGUGUGUGUUUAGGUGACCUCUUGUGCCGUGUACAGUGCUUGUGUGAGACUAUAUCUGUGUAUGUGCAAGGGCAUGACCACGCAGACCUGUUCCGUGUGUGUGUGCGCGCGCGUGUGUGUGCGUGUGUUUAUGGUGAGCCCUUUCCUCUGAGGUCUGUUUAUGCCAGGUGUUGUGACGUUUCCCUCGGAUUUUAUUUUGGUUCGUUUUUUUUUUUUUUUUUUUGGUGUGUACAGAUGUGACCAUAACUUUUAAACAUUGUAGAUGGUGAGACAAUGCUCCCACGCAAACACCAAUCUUUCCCCCACCUCGCUCAUCCUCCCAAAACAAAGAAGACUUUUUUUUGAUGUCCAAAUGACAGCUCGAUGAAACCCACAUGUAGGUUGCAUGUGUUAGAUGGUGAAGAAAAUAGGUCUCGGUACAUCCAGAACGGUGUUAAAUAAGAGCCAAAAUUUACCUUAAUGUACUUACAUCCCUCAAAUGGCGUGCACAUAUAAAGUGUCACUCUCCAUAAGUUGAAUUCCUUUUUGUUGUCAUACAUAUGAAUAAACAAAGGGGUUCUGUCAAAGUAGAAUAUGACCUAACUCAAAGGGAAGUGCUAGCCUCAAUAAAAAGUAAAAAUUGUCAUCUG